AGCCGUAUUCCUGUCUUCACGCCACCCAAUCGAUUCUUCAAGUGCUAGGAGCUGUCAGAACCGUCUGCGUUGGAACUCUUCUUCAAAAAUGCUCUCCACGAUGGUACAUCACUUUGACGCCAAUGACUACGUCAGUGCGGAUUGGAAACCAGAACCUACGCUCACAACUACUGCAACCACUGAUCCGCUGGUUGCCACGUCAUCAUCAUCUACGACGUCAUCCGAAUCACACGUCACAACUGCAUCGACAUCGGCUCCACAAUCUCCAACUCUUCUGGCUCCGCCAAUUUCUCUUCAAGACGUCAUGACACACGCUUCCACGGAUCUUCUAACACCUAACGGUAGCGCAAAUGGAGUCUCAACAUCACAACAGCAACAAUAUUCGGCCGAAUAUUUAUCACAACUCUUGAAAGACAAAAAACAGUUGGCCGCAUUUCCAAAUGUUUUUCAUCAUUUGGAACGAUUAGCCGAUGAAGAGAUUAAUAAAGUGCGUGUUGUUCUUUUUCAAUGUGAAUUUUCAAAGGAAAGUGCACCACUACCAGACGCAGAAGGAGAUAGUACAGUACACACAGAGAAAGUUUUUGUUCCCGCAAAAGAGCAUCCAGAUUACAAUUUCGUUGGUCGAAUACUCGGACCACGUGGAAUGACUGCAAAACAAUUGGAACAAGAAACUGGUUGUAAGAUUAUGGUACGUGGACGUGGAUCAAUGAGAGAUAAGAAAAAAGAAGAAUUAAAUAGAGGAAAACCAAAUUGGGAACAUCUUUCUGAAGAAUUGCAUGUUCUUAUUCAAUGUGAAGAUACAGAAAAUAGAGCAAAAGUAAAAUUGAUGAGAGCUGUUGAAGAAGUCAGGAAAUUAUUAGUUCCUGCACCAGAAGGAGAAGAUGAUUUGAAAAGGAAACAACUUAUGGAAUUGGCAAUUAUAAAUGGAACAUAUCGAUCGGGAACUGAUCAGAGUGCUCUUGCAGCUGCACAAUUGGCUGCUGUUAAGCAUCAACAACAACCAUUUGCCGCCGCACUUCAAGCGGCUGCACUUCAACGUGGAGUUCUUCCAAUGAUGGCUAAUGGAUUAUCUCGUUCACCAACAAUGGCUGUCUGUGGAGCUCCAAUUGUAAUGAGCCCAUCUGGAAGAGCCUCUUCUGCUGGUGCAACUGCCACUUCACAAGCUGCUUUGAUUAUGCAACAACAGUCACAGCUACAUGCUGCAAAUGCUGGAAAUGCAGCUCUACAGCAGCAAGCUGCUCUCUUGCAACAGCAACAGGCUGCUGAAUAUCAACAACUUUUGUUAAGCCAAGCCGGACUUUAUGAUUUCUCUGCCAUGCAACAGCAAUAUGCAGCAGUUGGACAGAAUGCUGCUGUCGCCGCUGCUCAAGCACAAGCUCAAGCUCAAUAUGGAGCUCUUGCUGCUGCAGCUGCCGCAAAUUCGGCUGGAAAUCAACAGUAUGCAGACUAUGCAGGAGUAGACCUUACGAGUCAACAGAGUGCACAUGGUGGGUAUUACGUGAGACGAUGGGCCUGAAAAUUGCUCUCCUGUAAAAAAUCCCCUCAUUUUUAUAUAGAAAAACUCUUUUCUCCCCGUUUUAUAUUGUAUAAAUUUAUUUAUUUCAUAUUAUUCAUAUUUCUCCUCAUUAUCAUCAUCCAAUCAUCAUUCCAUUUCCCUUAAUUUUGAAAACUUUGCGGGCUUUUCUUCAACAGAACUGUUUUGUUGUUUACUUUUUGUGCUCUGCUGCUGCUCUCACACUACUUUAAACGCCUUACUCAUUUAAUUUUUGAUUUCCGUGUGCAUGACAGGUCUCUAUCUAAACAAACAUAGAAAUGCCCUAAUUCGCCGCCGAAUCGUUUUGCUCUUUAAACAUGGAUUUUUAUGUUGAAUAUUCUAAUAUUGGGUGGUGCUUGCGGGUUCGGGUUCAACAAAGUUCUAGAAUUUUCACUAAUAUUCUUUAAAAUCGUCUCCACUGGGCUCCGAAACACAAUGCAUCAAAUAAUAUCAGAUUAUUCAUCGAGUUUUUCUAUUUAUUUAUUUAAUAAUUAGAAAAUCAACUAAACUAAACUAAAAUGUAUCCCAAAAAAAUUCAUUAAAAAUUACACUUUUUUUUGAAUAAGUAAACACUUCCAAAAACUAAUUUAUUUUUUUUUAAUUAUUUAUUUCAACUUAUUACAAAAUAAUUACGAGAAAAACUAUUUAAGACAUUCCAAAUGUUAUCUCAUGAACGGGUUUCUCAAUCAAUACAAGUAUUUUGAGCAUUUCUAUUGUGGGUUUUUUAUUGAAAAACAGAAACGUUCUUAAGGAGUUAAAACGAUAUAUUAUAUUACAUAGAUUUCUAAAGAUGAGAAUUUUCGUGAAAUCAUAUGCGCAUGGGUCUCGUCACGAGGACAAUGGGUUACUGUAGCUAGUUGACCGCGUGGCGAGACCCAUGUGCUGGAGAUAUGACGAAAAUAAUAAUAUUUAGACGUCUGCGUAAUAGCUGAAGCGAGUUUAAAGAUAUUGCAAUUUUGGAGGUUUUUGAAUACUGUAGAUUGACUUAGAGAAGUGAAGAUGAAUUAAAAUUUUAAAGCUUAAAUUUUCGAAAAUAUUUAAAAUAAGAAAAAAGCCUUUGGGAAAUAAUGUUUUUAAUUCUAACCCCAUCAAUGCUAUCCCCAUCCAUUGAAAGUCUCCUAAUAUCUCAAUAUUUUCAUGUUUUCAAUGUCUUCAGGUGCAAUGCUUAACAAUCGUCGUCUGUUGGGUGCCUCUCGUGAACACCCCUACAAACAGUAACCAACCAACACCACCAACAAUCACCACCAUCACAUAUAUACACUCAACACUCAACACUCUUUUUCCCCAUUUGAAAAACAAAUUACUUUUAAUUUUUUUUAUUUCCAACCAAUGUUUCUUUAUUUCUUUUUGUCUGUUGUUUUUUCUAAAAUUCUUGAAAAAAAGAAACGUUCACUUCUUUCCAAACAACCAACCAACUCUUUUUCCCCCAGUGUUUCCUUGUUUUUUUUUUGAAUCCAAUGUUUCCCUUCAAUGUUCUUAAAAUGGGUUUCCAUAUCCUUCUCCUGUUUUUAAAACUCAAAAAAAUGUGCCUUCCUUGAAAAUUUUUGUCAAUUUUUCAACAUUUUGUCAUAGUUUUGAUUAUUUGCUCACCACCCGAAUAAACCCCGCCCACUAACUUUGUUCAUCAAAAGUUCUCUAGCGCCGCCCUUUUCAUUUCCAAUUUUGUAUAUUUUUAAAACACAACUUUGUCAAUCAAUUUUUCAAUUCGGUUUCCCAUCAUUUCCCAGCAUAAUCUAGUGAGAUUUGUCUAGAAAUUCCCUCUCAUUUUGUUUUUUUCUACAAUUUUGCCUGUAUUUGUUUCGGUUUGCCUCCAAUUUUUGCACCUUUCCCACCCACACACUUUUUAUCAUUUUUGCAAUAUAUAUCGAAAAAAAACAAUAAAAAUUUCUCUUAAA